AUGCCCAUGUGGUGCCACUUGUUUAUCAAAACUCUUACCGUGGCGGCUCGCGCCUGGUUCGAUAGCCUUCCGCCGGGGAAGAUCAAAUCAUGGGUAGAUUUCAAGACUCAGUUUUUGAGCUAUUUCUGCCAACAGCGUCGCUACCAGCGCGACACAGCCGAAGUAGAGGAUAUUUGGCGAAGAGAUGGUGAAGGUAUGGAGGACUUCAUCACCCGUUUUAACAAAGAAUAUUUGGAGAUAGGCGGCGUCAGUGAACAACUCAUGCGUUGUCACUUCAAGAAGGCCAUACGCUGCGAUAGUCUCAUUAGAACUAUCACAUGUAAGGAUGGAAUGCCGAAGGAGUGGGAUAAACUCAUGGAGGCCGCAAAAAUCGUCGCGCAAACCGAGGAAUCACUUGCUGGUAACAGGAGUUGCUACUCUGAAGAUCGAUUCUCCAGAGGAAACACGCGCGACAACAACAACAAGCGUAACAAAUACAAGAAUAACGACUGGAAGUCUGGGAGACCAAGAGGCCACGAUGACAGGCCGCGCUACAGGGAAGAUGCGCGUGACACAAUUGACUGA